CUUAGACCGCUCGACAAACACUCUUUGUUUGAAAAAUGAGACGAAUAUUUUUAUUAAUAUUCGUAAUAGGGCCACUUACUUAUGCCCGACAUGUUGAAGAUGAACAGUCAGCAUCCAAAGUUGCAUUAGAUACAGAAAAUGCUGGUAGCCAAAGAAUAGAUCAAAUUCCAGCAGGAACUGAAAAAAAGGAAUCGAAGGACAGUCACCACGAAGCUGGUGGUGGUCAAGAACACCAUGCACAUCACCACAAGGAAGAUGCAGAAAAGGGGGAUAAAGGAUAUAAAUCCCACCACCACCACGACAAGGGUGAACAUGGGCAUCACGAAAAGCAUCACCACGAAGGUCAUCACGACGAACAUGGUGGCCAUAAGAAGAAACACCAUGACGAGCAUGACCACCACGGUGAACACCACGAAGCGGCUCAUGGUCAUAAAGGUGGUAAAUUCGGACAUAAGAAGGGUCACAAAAAAGGUUCCAAGACUACUGGCUUCCAUCACAAAUCACAUAAGGAUGAGUACCACAAGGAACACAAGUUUUACGACGACUUCCACAAGGGCGGUCAUCACCAUAAGCAUGGAGACUUCCAUGGCCAUCAUGAUAGCAAAGAGGGUCACCAUAAGAAGGGCGGCCACCACGAGAAAGGACACCAUGAAAAGCACCAUGGCAAAAAGGGACAACAUGACAAGGGUCAUUAUGAUGAAGAUCAUAAAGGUCAUAAGGGCCACCACGGACAUGAAGAACACCACGCGCAUCACCACGACCAUGGGAAGAAAGGAGGACAUGCAGGAGGGAAAGAAUAUGGAUAUAGUCACGGCAAAAAGGGUUAAGCAAUUUGAGUUUAUUCCUAAUUUGGUUUUGUGUAUUAUAUUGUUGUUAAUGAGACGCUAUAUGUCAGUUGUUGAUUGUUUUGUUAAAUUAAAGUAAUACUU